UGAAUCUUAGGUAUCUGGAGGUAUCACUUUCCCUGAAGUCGUUGCCUGUUACAGAAUUCCAACCUUUUCAACUGAAUAUGAAGUUCCUGAUUGCCCUUGCCGCCCUGCUGGCCCUGGCCGCCGGAUGCAUCCGCGAUGACUCCGACGGACGUCCGGACUGCAACGCCGCCGAGAUGACCGCCCGGCUCUGGCGCAACAACUGGGACCCCACCGCGUACUGGGAGUGCACCACCGCAAACAGCCCGGCCGAGCCACGGCGCUGCCCGACGGAGGGCAUGUUCAGCGAAGCCACGCGCACCUGCAUCAACUGGGCCGACUGGUCCUGGACGCCAACGUGCCGGCCACCGAGCAAGGAGUAGUGGUUUGGGGUUUGGGGGUUUCUUUUUUGACGAACGAACAAACGUAGGUACAAUAAAAGUUUUGCCAGCAUAUCGGUUUGAUGCCAACAAAGAA